AUGCUCUCGAUCCCCCCAACCCCUCCCCACUCCCCUUUCUGCCGGUGCAGCUUCGGGGUGCUCAUGCUUGUGGUGCUCACCGGUCGCAGCCCCCACACGUCCGAUGGUGAAAAGAACGGCCACAUUCUGCAGUGGGUAGUACUUCCUCAACACGCUGCAGCUCUCCUCCACUUCACCUUCUCCACCUGCGAGCGACUUUUGAGGCGUCUAAAGAAUGCGGCGCGGUGCAUUGCUGCUGACAACAACCCUGCCGGCCUGAGCAUGGACGCUCCGGACCAUGCUGUGCUGCGCCCGGCCCAGUUCCCAACCCCACCCACCUGCCCCUGUUCCCAACCCCACCCACCUGCCCCUGUGGAUGAGUGCAUUUUCUCUGAGAACCAGGCCGUCCUCAAGGCCGAGAGCAUGGACGCCCCAGAUGAUGCUUUGCUACGCCUGGUGGAGGAGUGCAUCUCUGCCAACAACUCUGGUGGCCUCAAGGAAAUGGACAUGGACGCCCCGGAUGAUGCUGUGCUGCGCCUGGCCCAUCUGGCCCUCUCCUGCACCGCCGAGCGCACUGCCAGCCGGCCCAACAUGUCAUACGUUGCCAGCGAGCUGCAGGCACGAGGUGGUGGGGAAGGAGGAGCUGAGUGCAGCGGUCAAGGUGGAUGA